AUGAAAUUUUCAACUGUCAUUGUUCCUCUUGCUGCUGCUAUGGCUGUUUCCGCAGCUCCUACUCCUUCAGAGUACUCUGCUUCUGCUUCCUCUUCUGACAUUGCUGAAGCCACUUCUUCUUCAACUGUCCCCACUGAUGGCCCUCUUCCUAACUCUCUUCCUGAUGUUGAUGUUACCAAGAUCAUCUCCAUUUCCUCAGAUCUCUACCCUAUUGGAAUCUCCAAUGGAACUCACUACUUUGUGUAUCUUGUGGAUGCUUCCUCCAUUUCCACAGAAGAUACCGAUGCUGAAUCUGAGGCUACUGCUACUGCUUCCGCAGACUCUACUGAGAUUGAAAAGCGUGCUCCUCGUUGGAUCUGGUGGAAACCCUUCCCUGGUGAGCCUGCUUGGAAAAAGCGUGAUGCACUUCCUGAAGCUGAAGCCUCUCCCCGCUGGAUCUGGUGGAAGCCUUUCCCUGGUGAGCCUGCUUGGAAAAAACGUGAUGCUAUGCCUGAAGCAGAAGCUGAAGCUGAGGCUGCCCCUCGCUGGAUCUGGUGGAAACCUUUCCCCGGUGAGCCUGCUUGGAAAAAGCGUGAUGCUCUUGCUAAUCCUGAAGCUGAAGCUGCUCCUAGAUGGAUCUGGUGGAAACCUUUCCCUGGUGAGCCUGCUUGGAAAAAGCGUGAUGCUAUGCCUGAAGCUGAGGCUGCCCCCCGUUGGAUCUGGUGGAAGCCUUUCCCCGGUGAGCCCGCUUGGUAA